UCCUCCCAAACACUAGCUAUAGUACAAUAUAAAAGUCAUGUUUCCCAACUAUUCAUCAGUCUUGUUUUUUGGCAAUAAGUGGAGAUACAGACCCACAAUGAAGGUAACGGCGCUUUACCUACUGGCUGCCACAGUGGCAAUGGUUGUGUUCUGUGUGGAGGGUCAAGAAGUUAGCAAAUGUGCUGUGUCCUACAGACAUGUUGCUUUCUCAGCUGGCCGUUCCACCGACCUUCAAGCAACUGGUAAACCAGCGAUUAUAAUCUAUGAUGCUGUAAUCCUGAACGAGGGCCAUGCCUAUGAUGAAGCCACCGGAAUAUUUACUGCCCCCAUGUCUGGGGUAUUCGUCUUCCACUUCCACGCCAUCAACUACCACACUAAACGUCUGUAUUUGUGGCUAGUUCACAAUGGAAAGAGAAUCAACAGCGGCUAUGCACACCCUACCCAGCAUUAUGCAACUGGCAGUAACAGUGCUGCCCUGCAUCUGACAGAGGGGGACAGAGUCUGGAUUGAGCUGGAGAAUGGAUACGGUCUGCACAAUCACCCCGGAGAGAACCACUCUACCUUCACUGGUUACCUACUUUACCCUGAGAACAGUGGGCUACAGCUGAUUGCCACUGGUUAACUGGCUAAAUAACUGACCUAACAUUUCCUUUAUCCACA